AUGGCAAGCCAGAUUGAUGACCAUCUGACAAACCAACACGUUAUUAUUAUUCCCGCUGCGUGGCUGUGCCAUUCGUUAUUGCAAGUUGAUCAGGCUUCUCAGGCCCGGGAGAACUUUAUGCCGCCCCUACGGUGUCGUCGCUCAUGCAUAUGUGUCUUCAUCUAUUACUAUGACUUCUGUUGUCUUGUCACUUCUUCAACUGCCCACUCGCUCGGCCAUUCGGGUUUAGGUUCUCGGUUCACUGAAAUCCGCACGGCCUCUUAUGAGGGUCGUGCGCUCACAACCGAUAUCGAGUUCGAGAUUGUGCCUAGUCUCGAUGCCGAUGUCUUGAUUGGAAUGAACUGGAUUGCUACAUGGCGCACGGUCAGGCGGGAAGCUCCCGCCAAGGACGAGAAGAAAGCAACAGACAUCGAGAGGCUCGUUGCGCAGUCUCCUAAGAAAGACAUGCCAGUUGCUCCCUCAAACGUCUCGAAGCUACCACUAGCCCCUGUUAAACCAGCAAAGAAGAGUAUUACCUUGUGGGUCCUCUGGGUAAUCUGGUACAAUAGUUAUAGGCGGUUUUUCACCAUUGUGUUCAUAGUUAAUUUCAUUGGACUUGGCUUUGCGAUUGCUGGAAAAUGGCCAUACGCAGCAAAAUAUCCCGGUGCUUUGGUCGUUGGUAAUUUAAACGUUGCGGUUCUUAAUCUUGGUGGUAUCCACAGCGGAUGUGCAAUCUCCGGCAUGGCUUGGAUAGUCCUCAUGGUCGUGCAUCAACUCAAGGCAAAGCAUAUGUUCAACGACUCUAUACUUGCCUUCGGUGUGAUCACCUCGGUUAUGUUGUUCAUCACAAUCUGUGCUGGUCUUCCGUGGAUUCGUAACACGCACCACAUUGUAUUUGAACUGAAUCACCGUUUCUUCGGAUGGACUUCCUUGUGCAUGACCUGUAGGCUCGACCCUAAUGUAGAAAAGCUUACGACUACGGAAAGUUCGGCCACCUCGGGAAACACGUUGUCCAACAACAGGCUUUCUGACACACGGUCGGAAUGUCCAUCUUCAUUGUUCUACCUUGGAUUUGCACACGACACGUCAAGGUCGACGUUGAACUGCCCUCUUCAAAAGUUGCUGUUCUCCGUUUCGAGCGUGGAUUGCAACAGGGUGCUUGCUCGUAUCAGUCGCUCGGCCGUCAAGGAAUAUCACGAUUUCGGUACCGUCUCCGAGGGUACUCAUGCAAUGUAUCACUACCUGAUUUGUGGUGUGCAAGGCGAUUUCACUAGGGGCCUGGUGAACGACCCACCAAGAAAAAUCUGGAAUCGUGAGCUGAAGUUCGCCAGUAUCUCUAAUACGUCGACCCUUUACAAGCGUGGAAUCCGUAUCUGCACUGGCACUGGUCUUGGCGUUGUCCUUUCUGCCUGCAUUCAAUCUCCCUAUUGGUACCUGAUUUGGAUCGGCUCCGAUCAAGAGAAGAUGUUCGGCCCAACCAUUAAUGGUCUCAUUUACAAGCACAUCGGUCCAGAGCGUCUCCUCCUUUGGGACUUCAAGGUCCGUGGUGGUCGUCCACCAUGA